CGCAAGGGGAGCAGUGCGCAUGCUCGGCCCGCGCCCGUCCUACGCCUGCGCAAAGCAUUUGUAGAACUUCGUCUAUCGUCCAUCAUCAUUCCUAUACACCCCACAAAUGCUGGAAACAAAACCUCUAAACAGUGUGGAAUGCGUGUCUGUGUACACUGACAGUUUUAGAUAGAAACGAGCCAAAUUAGAUUAAGUGUUUCUAAUGUGUAAGCGGGCCGGAUCGUCCAUACUAUUGUUGCUUCUGGUGUCCCUCGAUUCCAGGGACUGCAUCGCCAGUCCACAUAGUGAAGGAAAGAUAUUGCUUAAUUCUGUACAAGCAUGGGCAGUAAAACUAGGCACAGAGUUGUAUCACUUUGGCGAGUUCAUUACAAGAAAAAAGGAGGUCCAGGAUAGUUUCAAAUCAGCCCAAAUUGAAUCCAGGGAUGGCGAAAAACUGGUGCAAAGUAUGUCAGACGAUAUUCGUGCAAUGAUGGAACUUAAAAUUAGCGCUGUCAAAAGAAUUGUCGAAGCCGCUGAAAAUAUGGCUUUCGAUAAACAAAAUGAACCAGUUCCUGAAGAUUUUCAGUUCUAUAACAGCAAGGAAAUGAAAGAACCUUUUGACGAAAAUGCAAUGACAACUACAACAGAAGCCGAUUUUGCUGCAGAAAAUUAUAUUUCGAGGCCACCAUCGAAAAACGCUAAUAUGUAUCAAAAUCCCCAUUUUUCUAAUAUUCCUGUAAACAUUAAUUUUAGUAGUGUCCACAUUCCAACUAAUGUUUACGCUUGGGCACCCGAAGUAAUCAAAAGCAUACACUGGUCCGAGGGUUUGGAUACACAUUUUAUUAACAAUUAUCAAAGUGACCCAACGUUAUCGUGGCAAUAUUUUGGUAGUUCCACUGGCUUUAUGAGGCAUUAUCCAGCAAUGCAGUGGAGAGCUGAUCCUGUAGAUAUUUAUGAUUGUCGUACUAGAGCCUGGUACAUGGAAGCAGCAGCUAGUCCCAAAGAUGUAAUUAUACUAGUAGACCGUAGUGGGUCCAUGACCGGACAAAGACGAGAUAUUGCUAAACAUGUAGUCACUAAUAUCUUGGAUACUCUUGGUAAUAAUGACUUCGUGAAUGUAAUGACUUUCGCAGACACUGUAGAAGAAAUUGUACCCUGUUUUGAAGAUUCUUUAGUACAGGCUACUUUGGGAAAUUUACGAGAACUGAAAUUAGGCUUAGAUAAUUUUGACACUAUGGAGAUAGCCAAUUUUUCAGCUGCAUUGACAAGGGCAUUUGAACUUUUAGAAAUAUACAGAAAUAAUAGCGGUGGAGCCAAUUGUAACCAAGCAAUUAUGCUGGUUACGGACGGAGUUCCUUACAAUUAUAAGGAGUUGUUCGAGAGAUACAACUGGAAAUAUGACACCCCCGUCAGAGUGUUUACGUACCUGAUAGGGCGUGAGGUGGCUGAUGUGAGAGAGGUGAAGUGGAUGGCGUGUGCUAACCGCGGGUAUUACGUACACCUGAGCACGCUCGCAGAAGUUCGGGAACGCGUGUUAGAACACGUGAAUGUCCUUGCGCGACCCCUGGUACUCCAAAGGGAAAAGCAUCCUGUUGUAUGGACUCCUGUAUAUGCAAACGUUACGGACCCAAAAGUAGCAGACUAUUUAUGGGAGCAAAGAGAACGAGCGGAACAAAAGGAGCGUUUCAUGAGCCAGCGGCGAGAUAAGGCACUUUUCAAUUCAGAGAAGGAACAAGAUCGCAGAUGGAGGAUUACCCAAAUGAAACAGGGUCAAUAUAGCGAGCUUGGAAACUCUCAAUAUCAAUUGAUGACGUCAGUAUCUAUGCCAGUUUACGACCUUCGACAUAACGAGAUGCGAAUAGCUAGAUUACUGGGAGUUGCUGGAACUGAUGUUCCUCUAUCAGAAAUUCAAGCUUUAAUGACUCCAUAUAAGAUAGGCGUAAACGGUUACGCAUUCAUAGUAACAAACAACGGAUACAUUUUGAUUCAUCCAGAUUUGAGACCUGUGUUUCAACAAAUUCUAAAGCCAAGUUACAAUAGCGUGGAUAUGAUAGAAGUUGAACUUUUUGAUGAUGACAGAGGACCAAGAAAUUUUAGCAAGGAAUUAACGGCGCUCCGCAAAGAAAUAAUAGACCAGAAAACGGGAAAUAAAGUGAUGAACACUAAAUAUCACAUGGAUGAUAUGAAACGCGUGUCCCGUAACAAGAAGCACUACUUCUGGACGGGUAUCAGCGACUCGCCUUUUACUCUUGUGGUAACCAUCCCGGACACUUACGGCCGGCACCGCAUCACCCCGCCGCCCACCGACGACAUCCACCGCCUGUCGCUCACUUCCAAGAACAUAUCCGCGCGACAGUACCUGUCCAACAAGUGGAGUGUGCACCCCGACUGGUUAUAUUGCCGGCACUACGAGCGCACGUUCUCUUCCCCGGAGGAGGAGUUGCUGUAUUUCCUGGAGCGGGUUGCGAAGCCCGGCUGGCGCUGGCCCGCCAAGCCGCGGCCCCCGGAGCACCACAAGAACAAGCCCGCGCACGAACGGCACAACAACGGUACUCCGGAUGCCAAGGAACGAAAUAAAGUAUCGAACAGUACACCUAGAAAUGAGUAUUACUGUGAUCACGGUUUGAUGCAGGCCCUGGUAUACGACGCCAGAAAUACGGCGUGGUUCAACAAAAGCAUAUCAGACUCUGCUUCGGAUGACAAGGCGCCUGAAUUCAUCCAGAGAUUCGGAUACAUAGUUGCAUUCUUGUCCACGCACAGUGGGCUCACGCGAUGGCAGACCCAUCCUCUAAAAGAUCACGACGAUAGGCAAGAAUUCGGCAAACAGUGGCCUCGGUCGAUCGACGAGGUGUGGUACCGUCGCGCCGUAGAACAACACUACAUAGAUCCGCUGAGCUACGUGUACAGCGCAGACCUAAACACAGACAAGUUCCCUCUAAACGUCAGCGCGGCAAUGGUGACCGCGUCUCAUGCUGUGUUUCAUACCGAUGGGCAUAGGAAAGCACCCGCAGCUGUAGUCGGAUUCCAGUUCAAGCAUGAGAGGCUCAGCGAGUGGUUCGAGAACAUUACUUCUUCGUGCGAGCACAACAAGGAGUGUGUCACCUGUCUAUCCGACAGCUGGGAUUGCUUUCUGGUGGACAACAACGGAUGGGUUAUCAUCAGCGAAGAUCCAACACAUACGGGACAAUUUUUUGGGAAAGUACGACCUGACAUAAUGGCGAGGUUGAUUGAAGAAGAGGUAUACAAGCCAGUUCAUCUAGUAGACUACCAAGCAGUCUGCUUCCGAGAAAAGAAAACCACUAAUCCCGCUACUAUGUUACUAACGCCCUUUGAGAAUUUGCGUCUGGUAAUGUCUUGGUUUUUGGCGACAUCGAUUUGGUUCUACAACUCGAUAGCCAGUACGCUAGCCCAAGCAUCGAGUUACUCACUGGACGAUGCGUAUCAAAGUUACGAGAACGAUGAAGAGACUGAUGAUCCAAUGCUGAAGCCGGCUUCAAGGAAUUUAGAACGGGACAUUGAGAAAUUAGUCCUAAUAAAUAGAACGAGACCCACUCCGUGCGACAGAGAGAUGCAUCUCUACCAGUUGGAAUAUAACAAUUUGGAUGACAAACUGAAUAAGCCAGUUGCGGACUGCGAAAGACCUUUUUACGUGCAACUGGUCAACUACACGAACAUGGUAAUGAUUGUGAUCGACUCCGUGUGUCCUAAAGAUGAGAGUCCGGUGAUGUCCGUGGACCCUUUGGAGGUUCAAUACAAUGAAUCGCUGCCCUGUCUGAAGCAUAUGCAUCCCCUGUAUAGGAAACAGCCUACUUCUUGCAUAAGGAAUCACACUGAAGAAAGCAACAUCGACAUGUGUGGGCGCGGCAGCUUACCAGACAACACCAUGGUUUGGAUGCCCUUAAGCCUCCUCUCAUUAUUCUUUUACCUACGAUAACCCUAGGCUGCAAAGAGGAUAGAUUAUCAAAAGAAAUCCGAAUUUUCUUUGUCACCAACAUGUAAACUAAUCAAACUCAUAUCUUUAAAGAAAUGUUAUAAGUGUAAUAUUGAUGUUGUUUAACAGUGGCCAGAGGCGGAGCAGGUUCUAUUUCCUAUAAUGAAUAAAAAUGUUUUAGAGUUUGUUACACCUAUGAUAAGGCCAUAAGCUGCUAAAAUGAAACGCCUUUAAAAAUAUUUUGAGUAUCAUCCCAAUUCA